UGUGGAAUAUUCCGGUUGUCGGUGGGGUAGCUAGCUAACGUGAGUUAUCUGUCCAGUCGAUACACGUUAGGCUGGAGACGGGUGUUGCCUAAUAUGAGGCACGGCAGAAGAUAGCUCACAUUUUAAGAACAGGAUAAUUUUGAUUUCGUUCAGCCACUCAUUCAAUAUGUGGGGAUAUUACGGAUGUAGCUAGCUAGCUAAUUUAGAUAGUUAGCUCGCUUGAUUAAAAAACGAUUUGUUUUGGAACAUGGGGUCGUUGAAGGCUUUGCAAGAAUGGUGUCGGAUACAGUGCGAGAACUACAACGAUGUGGAAAUAAAGAAUAUGUCAACGUCCUUCAGAGAUGGUCUGGCGUUUUGUGCCAUUAUUCACAGACACAGACCGGACUUGAUAGACUUUGAUUCGCUCUCCAAAGACAAUGUCUAUGAAAACAACCGUCUGGCGUUUGAGACUGCCGAGUCGGAGCUGGGCAUCCCAGCCCUGCUGGACCCCGAGGAUAUGGUGUCCAUGAAAGUGCCUGAUCGCCUGAGCAUCAUCACUUACGUCUCCCAGUACUACAACUACUUCACCAACAAGUCUCAGGCCAACCCUCCCUGCAUGAAGAGGCCGAGUGGUACAGGUCACACAGAACCUGCAGUGAAGAGACCUGUUGCCCCUGACAACGAGUCCAGGCUGACCCUUCCUGCGCAGACCGGUGCAGAUGACCACCCCAAACGCAACACCUUGAGUAGCACCUGCGCAGCCUGUCAGAAACACGUUCACCUGGUGCAGAGGUUUCUGGUUGAUGGCAAACUGUACCACCGCAACUGCUUCAGAUGUAGGGAGUGCAGCAGCACCCUCUUACCUGGCUCUUACAAAAUAGGAGCUGAGGCCGGCUCCCUGGUCUGCACUCACCACUUUGCCAGGUCCUUCUCAGGCAGUCAAAAUGGCCGACCAGAUCUCAGCAGACUCACGGGAUCAACGGUGAUGAAAGGGGGAAGGCCCCCGCCGCCUGAGACUCCGCCCACUGUGAGGGGCGAGGAGAAGACCCCCGUGCAGGACGGGACGGGCGACGAACGCUCCAUCCCUCGCUCGGCUGAAAAGCCAGACGUGGCGGACACAGAGAGGGAUGUGGAUGGGGGUACAGAAAGGGAGGAAACGGAAAGGGAGAUGGAGGCCACAGAAAAGGAGAGGGAGGAGACGGAAAGAGAGAGGGAUGGGAGUAAAGACAGGGAGGUGAAAGAGACAGAGGAGGAAGGAAGCCAAGAGAGGGAGGACAAACUUCAGCCACCCUCACCUCCAAAUCCCUUUGAGGACAGUGAUGAAGAGGAGGAGAAAGAAGAAGCUCAGUCGGACGAGAAUUCCGCCAAUGGCCUGCCUUCCACACCAGCCGUUCAUUUGGGAGGUACUGGCCGGCCAGUGCCUGCCCCCCGACGGGUAAUUGACCCUUCCCCUCCUCCUCGCCCAGUGCCAAGGGUCCGCCCACCCAAAGCGACAGACAGCUCUACGCUGAAUGGGGAUCCUGGUGAUACGUACCGACCUGCUCCGAGACCUAGAGAGAGGUCCCACUCUCCAGGGAGCUCCAGCCUGCCCAGUGAAACGCACAAAUCCAAAGACCCUCCCUGGUUGGCCCUUGUCCAGUCAGAGCCCAGGAAAAAACCAGCCCCGCCCCCUCCUACCGAUAUCGCUGCCCCGCCGCGUUCUGGCUCCGUGCCUUCUCUCAGGGGCGAGGGGUCUAGGCCGGCUACCCCUCCGCAGCCCAGCAAUCCCUUUGAGGAGGAUGAUGAGGAGGGGGAGGAGGGGGAGGAGGGGGAGGAAGAGCCAGGAGAGGGCGCUGAGUCAGUUGGAAUGCUGGCGCCGCCCUCUGUGGUGACCAGCCACCCCUGGUAUGGAAUCACUCAAGCAGCUGAGGCAGCCGGCGGGAACAGUCCCUCUCAAACACCCAGCGCAGUCAGUGCAGGCGGCUCGGCCAAUAGGGUCAGCCCGCGGAGUAAGAAACGGCCCGCCCCCAGAGCCCCACGGGCCUCUCCCACAGCUCUUCCUCACUCUCAGCCUUCCUCUACCUCUCCCUCCCCAGCUCUUAGCACAGAAAGCCUCUCCUCCUCCUCAGACCACGGCUCAUCCAAGUCUCCGCCGGGUGGCCAGAUCGCCGAUCAGGACCAUCCUUUCACCAAGAGCAUCUCCGAGCCGUCAAUCAGUGAGCCCGCUCAGUCCUCCGCCAAUCACAAGCCUCAUGUGUCUCCUAGCCCCUCCCCAACGCCCCCGCCAGCCAAUACCAGUUCAGCUCCAGCCACUCCACAGUCCGUUCGGAGCUCUGGGUUAAAGGCUGCUCGGCCCCCGCCUCCCAGACCUCCAUCCACCCCAAGCCCCCUUGCAAAAACGGGAGCUCCUCCCCCACCCCCUCCCACCAAUAAGCGGACAUGUAAAGAGAACCCCUUCAACCGAAAAGCCUCGCCCUCCUACAUCUCCCCUAAAUCCAGGCCUCCCAAGGGCCCCCGCCCAGCCCGACCCCCAGCCCCUGGACACGGAUUCCCCCUCAUCAAGAGGAAGGUUCAGUCAGAUCAGUACAUCCCGGCAGAGGAAAUCCAUGUGGAGAUGGGAGAGCUGGAGAGGCAGCUGGACGAGCUGGAGCAGAGAGGGGUGGAGCUGGAGAAGAGGCUGAGAGACUGCCAGAACGACGAGGAGGAGGAGCACAUGCUGGUGGACUGGUUCACUCUGAUCCACGAGAAACACAUGCUGGUGCGCAGGGAGGCCGAGCUGGUCUACACGGCCAAGCAGCAGAAUCUGGAGGAGAGACAAGCAGACGUGGAAUAUGAACUGAGGUGUCUCCUCAACAAGCCAGAGAAAGAGUGGAGUGAGGAGGACCGCAGCAGGGAGCAGGAGCUGAUGGCAGAGCUGGUCACCAUCAUCGAGCAGAGGAACCAAAUCAUCAACAGCAUGGAUCAGGACAGGCAAAGGGAGGAGGAGGAAGACAAGCUGUUGGAGGCCAUGCUCAAGAGGAAAGAUUUCCACAAGGAGACAGACGGUGAACAGAAGAAGAAGGGGGGGAAGUUUAAGCCCAUGAAGGUGCUGAAAAUGCUGAGCCCCAAGAAUGAGGGGGGCAAGAGCAAGAGCCCCCGCAAGGAGAAGAGCUGAGAGAGAGAGAGAGAGACACUGUGUGGGCGUGUUCCCUGAGGGAGGGUGACUGUCAGGAGCGAACAGGUCUCUCACCGCACAUCUCAUCAUCACAGAGGGGCCCGCAGGAAACAAGGUGGUGUGUGGGAGGAGUGGAGAAGAGAGGGAAGGCAAUAUGACUGAAAAAAAUAAAGACCAUAUCCUGUUGAAGGCUCACGCCAUGCAACUCAAAUCCCACUCCGCCUUUAUAUCCAAAAAAUACAGCCACACGUGUGUAAUGUAUAUAUUUUAAAUGGCCUUUGUGAAGAAGACUGUAAACACAAAACUAAAAAACCAAAAUAACAUGAGUUUAGAGUACUAAUAACUAUGGCCGAGUAAGCGGUGGCAAGAAAGAACAAAUGUAUUUAUUCUGUGCUGUUCAAACUGCUCUAAUACCUUUUUGAUUAUACAGUACAAGCUCCAAACCCAAGCAUUCUUAGUUGCCUGUAAGAAGCAUUCUAAUAGUAGAAAUGAACCACAUCUAUGGAUUUAUCAGUCCGCAGGGUCUUAGCACAAGAGUAGCACUUGAAUAUAGCUCACUCUGAUUUUGACAACAUGCUUACUCCAUAACCUUAAUUGUUCUGCUUUGUAUCAUACUGCAGGAAGUAAGGCUGUAGAGCAAAUGCAGGAGGUGUUUUAUAGUGGUUCCUGUGGCAGCGAGAUACCCACUAGUAAGGACUGUGUGUUGGUCAUCAAAUUUAAAGCUAUAGAACUGCAGUACGAUUAUGAACACAAGGAAGGGGCACCGGGUUCGUAAAGGGGUUGUGAAACGAAACAUGGGGCGUGCGAUGCGAUUUACGUUUCCAAGAACACAAACCAAACUGCCCAAGGAGCAGAGAGACAGUGGAAUGGGAACAGAGAAAAUAAAAAAAGAAAAUGGUUAUUUAAUGUUAUUUAAUUAUUGCUACAAGGUUGAACUCGCAAAAACACUGGCAAUCUUAUUUAUUGUUUUGAUAAUUUAAAAGGGCUGCAUAAGGAAUUACAGUUUGCCGUUGAGACAUAUAGUGACAAUUGGUGACGGUCUGGGCUCUGCCUGCCACAGCUUUACAGAAAUCUUCGUUCAACUCAGAUGUUUUCAGCUAAAACUUGCGUGGCAUUUUCAAGUGAGCUUUUUAUGUUGCUGAAAAUAUUAAAGGCUUCGAGAACUUGAAAGGAGAGCUCAUAUUUGGCUAAUUUAAUUUUGCAUUGAGGUGGUUCAGUGUACAGUGGUGAUGGAGUAAGUGUCAGUUAUCAUUGGCAGUAGUCCUCUAUAACCAAAAAUGUCUCUUACCUACAAACAGCUAACCUAAAAUGUUUGUUCAGUUACGUGGUUGCAAAGAAAAGUGUUUGAUGAUCUAAAACUGAAAAUUCAGAGUUAGUUUACCAUAUUAAUAUGGUAAAGAUACUAACUGAAAGGUUGAGUCUGCAAAUGCUAUCAGUUAUGCAAUGUUAUUUUUUAAAAUUGGUUUUAAAAAGCCUUUUUCUGUUUUACCUUGACAUGUUGUCUUAAUUUUUUUUAUCUGUCUCUAUGCCUUAAAAUAGGUAGAAAAAGAAUCAACCCAUAGAAACAAAUGGUUUUAAAUGAGUGUGUUUUUAAGAGUGCCAUUAUUUAAUUGUGUUUUUGAGUGAGCCUUUCUCUGUACACCUCAGUCCACUGCUACAUCUUCCUCUCACACGGUUUCUAUUUUAGCAUCAGUUAGUCUCUUUUUCUGUUACUGUACACACUCGUCUUUAUUUCUGUGACUCUCCCCAUUUUGUACUUGUGUGUCAGUCCUUGCAUAAGUCUGUCCAUUUAUACACCUGUUAUUCUGUGUACCUGUCUGCCUAUUUAACAGAAACAAAGGGCUUUUCUAGAGCCGCAGAAAUGUUAAACACUGACUAUACAAAA